GAGAGAAUGAUAGAGAGAGGGGAGUAGAAAAGUAGGGGAAGGCUUUUUCGGCGGACACGCGGUCAGCCACGAUGUCACUUUGCAACGCGACGCCAAGCUAAUAGCUUCUGUUCCUUCCACCUUUCGUUUCGAGUAGGAAGGAUUUAUCCUCCGUUGUGUUUUCGGGUCAUGGUACGAGUCGUGAGAUGGAAGGACUUUGGUAGACGAUCGAAUCAGUGCAUUUUCGUCUAAUAGAUUUCUCCUUGGGUCUUAUUUGUUUUCCAAAAUUUUUUUCUUCCCCCUCUCCUCUUUUUCUUUUUCCUUCUUUUCCUUUUCGACGAAUUAAUUGAUAGUAAUCUUAUCAGUGUGCGGAUUAAGAUUAAAUAGAGAUAGAUUUAGAGAAGGAUUAAGAGAGAGAGAGAGAGAGAGAGAGAGAGAGAAUGCGUUAAAAUUUUGUCAAGUAAAGAAUAUGGCAGCGAUGCAUUACAACGCUCAAGUCGUGUCCGAGGAUUUGCAUCAACAUCCGAGACAUCUUUACGGAAUACAACAGAGACUUCAAGAUCCAGGAUCUUCUCCCAGAUCGGAAGAAGCGAGAUCCCCGAUCGAAUCUAGAGUAAGAUCGCCCGAGGAGAUUCGUUUCGUUAAUACGAGAUCACCGGAUAUAGAGGAUAGAACGCAAACAGUUAGAUAUCAAGAGGAAUUAUGUGGGAAACGAUACACGAAGGAACAUCCCAGUCAGAAUUUCUUUCAGGGAGAAGAGAGUAAUAACGUUACGCCGAGGAAGUGUUUCGCAGAUGACAUGGUCAACGUCGUUACGGUUAACAAUCGUUGUAGAGAAUCGGGAACGUCGCCCGGUAGGACUACGUCGCCCCAAGGAUAUACAUUGAACUCACCGGGACAACAAAAUAAUUCUGGUAAAACGUCAUUCUGCAUCGACGCGUUGCUUGGCCGUGCUACUCACGGAAAACAGAACAACGACAACGACGAUCAGGAUCGACAGAAAUUCUUUACGAGGGUUCACAACGUUCAGGAGUCAUUGAAUUUGAUCAACAACGUUCAAUCCCAGGAACGUGAGUCGCCGUGUUCGGUAAGACGUAGCGACGAUCAAAGAACCGGAUCCCUUGGUAAUCCUUUAAAUCCGUUCGUUCAACACACGAGAUCUAUAACACCGACGGCCAUCGUCGACACUUCGCACGACACCGGCCAAACGGCACGGGAGAAUUUUCUAACUGGUAUACACGGUGAUACGAACGUACAGAUACCACGUGGUACGACGAUCGGUACGGUAUAUAGAAACGAUCGUUUGGAUAAUGUCGAGGACGACGUAUCGGUAGACGUCGAUCCUAACAGGACAACGGGCAGUACCAGUCCUGGUAGCAACGCUAGUCGUAGCCCUGCAUCGAGUCCACCGAUAUCACCUGGCUCCGAGGAGAUUACGAGUAACGGUGUCAUUGGACAUCAAGGUCUACCAACCGGACCAUACGCCGUCGGUACAGGUACAGUGGUCAGACAGAAUCAAGGACUCUUGUUACAUCCUGGAGGACCUCUCAUUCAUCCCGGGGGAUUGUACUAUCAUCCAGCCGGUGGUAGCGCUUUUCACUCGAUACACAAGGAGGGUCAACCGGUGGGACAUCCUCAAUCGGCCGGCCCACAUCCUCAACAACAUCACAUUCAUCAACUUCAACUCGAGUGGUUAGCCAGAACUGGAAUGUUAUAUCCCAGAUUACCCGCCGACUUAGCCGGUUGUGCUGCUCAACACGCGUUACUUGGUAAAACGAGAAGACCUAGGACAGCAUUCACGUCCCAACAACUUCUCGAAUUGGAAAAGCAAUUUCGUCAGAACAAGUAUCUGAGCAGACCGAAGAGGUUCGAAGUAGCGACAUCGUUGAUGCUGACCGAAACUCAGGUGAAGAUCUGGUUCCAAAAUCGACGAAUGAAAUGGAAGAGAAGUAAGAAAGCACAACAGGAGGCACGUGCUAGUGGCAAACUCGAGGAUGCUGCUAAUACGAAGAAUUCCGAGAGAGAGAAUACCGGAAGUGACGUAUCGGUAACAGCACCGUGCACACCGGAAGAACCCAGGGGAACUUUGCAAGAAACUCAAAGAAACUCGACCGAACUUCAAGAACCUCUUUAUCGGCCUUACGUCGUUUAAAUAAUAUUUCGAUUUCGAAAAAAGGACUCGAUUAUAUAAUGAUAAAACAUGUUUUAUUUAUCUUUGUAA